AUGUACAUGGGUCGACGGUGGUCACUCGCGUCUAAAUCAGCACGACUCAUUGGUAUUCCCAAUGAGCUUCAACUAGAGAUACUCUCAUACCUCCCGAGCCGUGAUUUAUUGGCAAUCGUUACCACGUCUAAACAGUUUUUGGAAAUUAUCGCCUGCAUCCUCACCCAGUGUGGAAGCAUGUGGUAUCUACCUGGCUGUCUCGACAUCAAUGUCGAAACCUAUCGUGCUGCCAAGCUCUGGCUUUCGUCGAAUCAGGGGCGUGACUUGACAUUCAUUGUCCGGUUGGCCUUCACAGUUCGCCAUCAGGAAGAUCUCAAGUCUUCUAUCCAGUUCUUAUCCUGCAUAACCGCCGGUCACACUCCAUGCCUUUUCACCACCUUGUUCCUUAAUUUCUUCCCAUGCCGCGUAUCCGAACUUGAUAGAUCAUCCCUCGAGCUCUUUUUCUCACUCAUCCAUCAGCUGGCCUCACCCACCAUUCAUAUCUAUUCUAUGAUGCGACCGGAUCAUCGACCUUCAUUGCCUCUCUUCGCGGUCCCAUCUCUUCCACUUGUCCAUGAUUUAGAGGUUCUAGAUUGCGGAUCAUUUUUGUGCGACGCAAUGAUCAUUUCGUCUUCUAACCUACGCUCCCUACGCCUGUGCUUAUCCUCUCGUCGUCCAGAAGAAUGGGAAUUCUUGACGGACUUGCGUCUCGAUAAUCUAUCGCAGGUUUGGCUUGAGAUUGCCAUUCCCGCCCACGUUGUCAGAGCGAUAAUCAAGCAUCACGCUUCGCUCAGACACCUAAAUACGAUCAGAGCUACUAUCGUUCAUGAUGAUGGUGAUUCCAGGUACAGUUUGCAGGGCCACAAGUCCGGCAUACAGCACCUUCCUACCUGUCCAGACCUAGUUUCUAUGUUGAAGGUGUUGACUUUCACCGAUAUCCGUUAUGUACAACUGGUUCUGAGUGUCGAGACAUCAUUAUCGCCAAGUGUCUUUCUCCAGUCGAUGUUUCCGGCCUCUUUCCCUCCCGAGACCGCUGUACAUCUGGCCUUGCCUCUCCCGCAGAAAUUUGAUUACCAGGCUUUGUAUGAGACAACUCCCCCUCAGGUUGCGUUUAUAAAGCAGUUGUAUCUCGAACUUGAGGCCUUCAAAACCGUCAAAGACAUUCUGGAUGCCCUAUCGUCAUGUGUACCUUUCAUCAAGGGCCAUACUCUGACUCUGCAGAUGUACGGGCUAGAGAAGAAUGCCUUGGACCAAAUACUCCUUGCCAUCCAUACUUCCGUCUUUCCUGAUUAUCUACUUGUCAUUGUUGUUGGAAGAACACGUGACAAGAAAGUUCUACGUGGCGGUGUCAAUACACGCAUCGGGAGGGUGGCUUACUGUACUGUUUCAGAUUCUCUUACGGACAUCUGA